AUGGCAGUUGGAAGGAUUGAGGUUAUGCUUUCUAUAGCCAUUGUAGCAACUUUGUGGGCAGGAGCUAUGGCACAAUCGUCUUGUACCAAUGUGAUCAUAAGCAUGUCCCCGUGUUUGAACUACAUAACAGGAAACUCAUCGACCCCAUCUUCAUCAUGUUGUACACAGCUUGCUAAUGUUGUCAAGUCGCAACCUCAAUGUCUGUGUGAGGUCGUUAACGGUGGUGCCUCCUCACUUGGAGUCAAUGUUAAUCAGACUCAGGCUCUGGCUCUCCCUAGAGCUUGCAAUGUCCAAACUCCCUCUAUUAGCCGCUGUAAUGCCUCUUCGCCUACAAAUUCUCCAGCAAAACCAAAUUCUCCUUCUGCAGGAACAGGAUCGAAGACGGUACCAUCAACAGAUAAUGGAACAUCAGAUGCAAACUCUACAAAGUUGACAAUGUCUCUGCUCUUCUUCCUCAUCUUCAUAACAUCAUAUGCUUCGACCCUCAUCACCAUAUAA